AGAAAUGGAUCAAUAUAAGUUUAUACUUGUGAUUCUUUUUUCUCUUGCCGUAACAGAAAUGUACGGUAAGCACACUCGCAGAGGUCACUCGUCAAAAGGUAAUCGAGUGGUUGGCGGCAGCGAAGUGCCGAUACAAGACUACCCGUAUCUAGUGCAUUUGCUGCUGGCAAAGCCCGACUCGCAUCAAACCAAUGCGUACACCGUCUGCGGAGGAACAAUUGCUAAUGAGAAAUGUGUUAUCACCGCAGCACAUUGUCUCACAGGAUCAGUUGAAGCGCAUAUAAGGGCUGGCAGCAAAGACUUUACGAAUGGUGGAACUGAAUAUAAUUCUAAAACUCUUAUACAACAUCCAGAGUACAAUAGUAAGACGUUAGAUUACGAUAUUGGCGUAGUGAAGCUGUCGAACCCAAUUGCACUUAAUGGUGAUACUGUUUCGAAAAUUAAGUUCCCGGAUGACAAUUGCAGCGUGUCUCCUGGUACUAACCUAACUACUCUCGGAUGGGGCGCUACCAAUCCACAUGGGGGCCCCCUUAGCCAAAACUUAAAAGCAGUAACUUUAUCAGCGGUAUCAGAUGCCGAUUGUAAGAAGAUUUACUCGUAUAUCAGCCCUCAAAUGAUGUGCGCAGGAGUAUCUGAAGACGGUAAAGGUUCCUGUGGGGGUGACUCCGGUGGUCCAAUAAUUGUGACGGAAACUAAAGAGCAAGUGGGCAUCGUGUCGUUUGGUUUUACUUGUGCUAAAGCGAACGUUCCUGGCGUUUACACCUAUCUUUGCGAUCCCAGCAAUCAGAAAUGGUUGAAGGAAAUGGGAUGCAAAAGGUACGGUGUGUAUUGCAAGCAUCCUCGUAAGGUUCACAGGACUAAUGAUGGUAGGAUAGUUGGAGGCAGUGAGGUCUCCAUACAAAACUACCCUUAUCAAGUAUAUUUAUUGCUGAAGCAAGCCUUCACAGGCGAUUACUACCAAUGCGGAGGGUCUAUUGUCACGUCGCGAUGCGUUCUCACUGCGGCCCAUUGCAUUUCUGGCAUGGAAUCUGUGAACAUAAGAGUGGGUAGUACAGACGCUUCGAGUGGUGGUACUACUUAUGACUCCAGAACAUUAAUAAUGCAUCCUCAAUACAACGCUGGGAAUAGCGAUUAUGAUAUAGCUGUUAUUAGAUUGUUGAGGCGUAUCGCUAUAGACGGUACUAACACUGCAACAGUCACCUUGCCAUCUGGGAACUGCACCGUACCUGCGGGAACUAACUUAACUGUCACUGGAUGGGGUGAUACUAGCGAAAAUGGAAUGAGUAGUGAAACUUUAAUGGCUGUGUCGGUUAACGCGGUGGCUUACGAUAAUUGCAAGAAGAGCUAUUCGAACUUAACUCCUCGGAUGAUAUGUGCCGGUGUGCCCGAGGGCGGUCGAGAUUCAUGUCAGGGUGAUUCCGGUGGUCCAUUAGUAAAAACUGGUACCAAACAGCAAGUGGGUGUGGUAUCUUUUGGUACAGGUUGUGCAAGGCCUAAUACACCAGGUGUAUAUAGUAAUUUGUGUAAUCCAAAUAUUCAAAGAUGGAUUAGAAUGAUGGGUUGCGCGUAAAUUGUUUAUUGAUUGGUGUACUUAUUUGUUGUGUAAAUCAAAAUGUAAAUUUAUAACGACUAAGCUGUAUGCAA